UGUUUCUCCUGCCCGGGCCAGUGCGGGAGGGCCCCGGCUUCUCUGGAGAAGCUCCUGCCUCCUGCAGCCUCUCCCCAACCUCAGAGCCGCCGCGAAGGGCAGGCUCCGGGCCCUGCCCCAGCAUCAUGAUGGGGAAACUCCCCCUGGGGGUUGUCUCCCCUUACGUGAAGAUGAGUUCGGGGGGCUGCACGGACCCCCUGAAGUUCUACGCCACCAGCUACUGCACAGCCUACGGCCGGGAGGAUUUCAAGCCCCAAGCAGGCAGCCACGUGGGCACAGGAUACAAAUCAAACUACCGGCCCGUGGUCUCCUACCAAGCCAGUCUGGACGCCCUGGACAACCCCGCCAUGGGGGAACAAGUCCGGGGCAAUUAUCAGACAGUGACCAGUCAGAGCUACUGUCCCCUGGAGGUGCCAGAUGGCAAGUACCCACUCCCCUGGAACAUGCACCAGACCGGCUCUGGCUACAGCCGGGAGAAGCCCGGUGCAAGCGUGCCCACCAAGGAGGUCAGGAAGGUCCAUUUCGACACCCAGGAGCACGGGCCCCAGGCCAUCACGGGGCUGGAGCCCAGGGACGGGCCCCUGCUCCACCAGCGGCAGGGCAAGGACUCGCUGGAGUGGGAGAACUGGCGACACGGCCCGCGCUUCAUGACUUCUGAGUACAACUCCAAGUAUCUCAGGGAGCCAUCAAACCAGCCAGAUCUCUUGCAGAAGAAAUCAGUCGGGGCCAAGGAGAACACUGGCUUCACCGAAGGGUCCAACGAGAACCCCAUCGUCUUCCAGCCACCCUCCCAGGCCCUCCCUGGGGACCCUACCCUCCUCCCAGGCCGGAGUGUCACCAAGUCGGACUUCCUCCCCAUGACCCACCCGCAUGGAGACGAGUUCCUGCCCGUGCUGCCCAGAGGCUCGGAGCGGGAGACGGGCUUCAGUCGAGUGAACGAAAGGACCCUGAACCCCAGAGUGCCCCCUCCCGGCCCAGAGCUCAGCAGCACGAGCCACCGGCAGUUCCAGCCACCCCAGCGGGUGCAACAGACAAACGUUGCCCUGCUUGGCCGCGAGACUGUGGGGAAGAAGGAGCCCACAGGCUUCAGCAUCAACAACCCCAGCUAUGUCUGGAGCCCCCACGACCCUGACAGGGAUAAUCGGUACCUGACCACCUACAACCAAGGGUACUUUGAGAACAUCCCCAAGGGGCUGGACCGGGAAGGCUGGACUCGAGGGGGCAUCCAGCCCCAGACGCCGGGAGGCUACACCCUCAACCAGCCGGUCACCCGCAUGGAGGCCACCCCCAACCCCACGGAGAGCCUGCGGCGCCUGCACCCCCACGUGGGAAGAACUCUGACCUCAGUCGACCCCUUCUACCGAGACACACCUCAUAGCAGCCGCUUCGUGGCACCCAGCUGAGCCUGAGGCC